UGUCCAAUGGACUUUUAAUGCAGUUAAAUAGAAUUUAUCUGAAAGAUUGUUUUAAGAAAAUAAUAAUAAUAAUAUGUUUGCACAUAAACUGUUCAAAGGUACACAAGCUAAUUCACAAGCUGAUGUAUCAGCUGACCCUAAUUAUUGUAUUGUUGAUCACGGUUAUGGAAAGGAUGCUGUGAAGUUGCUCCAUGUCUUACGAAAUGGACCGGCUCAUACAAUUAAGGAAUUUGAAAUCGGGACACACCUCAAACUAAAUACACAAAAGGAUUAUUUGAAAGGUGACAACUCAGAUAUUGUGGCAACUGACUCCCAAAAGAACACCAUCUACCUGUUGGCCAAGAAACAUGGCAUACAAAACCCAGAGGAAUUCGGCAUACUGCUGAGUAAGCAUUUCCUUAGCAAGUACUCACACGUCAAUGAGGUGCAUGUGCAUGUCGAGGAGUAUCCUUGGCAGCGCAUUUGCCAGGAAGAGACCGGUUGCAUGGAACCACCUGGCACGACAAACAGUAACUUUAGUUCCUUCAACAACAGGCAGAAGCACAAUCAUGCCUUCGUCUUUACACCGACUGCCUCGAGAUAUUGUGAUGUAAUUUUCAAGCGAGAUGCUGCCACACCAACUGUCAUCAGUGGUCUAAAGGGAUUGCGUGUCCUUAAGACGACACAAUCGUCGUUUGUUAAUUUCGUUAACGACGAGUAUCGUUCACUUCCGGAUCAGUAUGAUAGAAUUUUCAGCACUGUGGUCGAUUGCAAUUGGGAGUAUUCAAAACUUGAUAACUUGAAGUUUUGCAGUGUUUGGAAUACUGUGAGGAAUGUUAUUAUUAAGAAUUUUGCUGGAGAUCCAUAUGUUGGUGUGACGUCACCAAGUGUUCAACACACAUUGUAUUUGGCUGAGAAGGAAGUCCUUGAUAUGAUUCCACAGAUUUCAGCGAUUUCAAUGACAAUGCCAAAUAAGCAUUACUUUAAUUUCGAUACGAAACCUUUCCAAGGAUUGGUGCCUGGAGAAAACAAUGAAGUAUUUAUUCCAGUGGAUAAACCACACGGAACAAUUUACGCCCAACUUGAGCGUAAAGAUAUGCAAAGCAAAUUAUAAGAUUUCCAAAAAUUAAAAAAAAAAAAAAAAAACUGGAAGUAGUCAUAUUAUUUAUAUAAAUUAAUGGAAAUGUGAUAUCCAAAUUUCAACAACAAAAUAAAAGAUUAGAAUUUAGAAGAAAAAA